UCUACUGGGAAUGAGAGAGCCUGAGCAGAACAGGUUUGAACAGCAGGCUGAGGCUGUGUCGGUCAGACUGAAGACUGGAUCAGUAGCUUUCCUGGAGGAAUGCGAUUUAUUAUUGUGGAUUUUAACCAGAGAAUCGGAGUUGUGGGGGUUUAGCACUGCCACAGAUUAUCACCUCGGCUCGGCGAGAACGGGGGGGGGGGCGGGACAAGUGAAAUUCCUAGGGAAGAAGCUGCUUUUACCUUGCAAAGAGACGCCAACAAAGAGCGUUCAGGGAAGUAGCCUGCUGCCUGGCGAGGAGGUAACGUUAUCGCAAGUUAGUUAAGCAACAAACAGAAAGUACGGCAGCGGAUUAAUUCGUCACCAUGGUGGACAACAGACACGUUGGCACAGUUUUGACUUUGUUGUUUUUUAUUCUGUUUCUAAACGUGGGGAAGUUUCGAGUAAACGGGCAAUACGGCGGUGAUCGAGGAAUGUCUAUCCCGGAGCACGGAUUUUGCCAGCCGAUUUCCAUUCCGCUGUGUACGGACAUUGCGUACAACGAGACAAUCAUGCCAAACCUGCUGGGACACACCAACCAGGAGGACGCGGGGCUGGAGGUCCACCAGUUUUACCCGCUAGUGAAAGUCCAGUGCUCCCCGGAUCUAAAGUUCUUCCUGUGCUCCAUGUAUGCGCCCGUGUGCACGGUGCUCGAGCAGGCGCUGCCUCCAUGCCGUUCUCUGUGCGAGCGCGCGCGGCAGGGCUGCGAGGCGCUCAUGAACAAGUUCGGCUUCCAGUGGCCCGACAGCCUGGCGUGCGAGUCCUUCCCGGUGCACGGCGCGGGAGAGCUGUGCGUCGGCCAAAACAUGUCGGACCGCACCGAGUCGGAGGGCUUGGCUCCGUACCCCACCGAGCGCACACCUUCUGACCCCAUGAAUGGUCAGUUCAGGUGCCCGGCUUCGCUCAGGGUGCCUCCCUAUCUGAACUACCGUUUCCUCGGGCAGGAGAACUGCGGAGCUCCGUGUGAGCCAAAGAGAUCUCACGGGAUGAUGUACUUCAGCCAGGAGGAGCUCAAAUUCGCAAGAAUAUGGAUCGGUAUCUGGUCCGUAUUGUGUUGUGCUUCCACUUUAUUCACGGUGCUGACCUACCUGGUAGACAUGAAGCGCUUCAGCUACCCAGAGCGGCCCAUUGUCUUCCUCUCUGGCUGCUACACCAUGGUGUCCAUCGCAUACAUUGCUGGGUUUUUACUGGAGGAUAAGGUGGUUUGUAAUGACAGGUUUGAUAAUGAAGCAAGGACUGUGGUGCAAGGCACCAAAAAGGAGGGCUGCACCAUCCUCUUCAUGAUGCUGUACUUCUUCAGCAUGGCCAGCUCAAUCUGGUGGGUUAUCCUGGCUCUCACCUGGUUCCUGGCAGCAGGGAUGAAAUGGGGCCAUGAGGCCAUUGAGGCUAAUUCUCAGUACUUCCACCUGGCAGCCUGGGCUGUGCCUGCCAUCAAGACUAUAACCAUCCUGGCUGUAGGGCAGGUUGACGGAGACAUUUUGAGCGGGGUUUGCUUCGUGGGUAUCAGCAGUGUGGACGCCCUUCGGGGAUUUGUGCUAGCACCACUGUUUGUCUACUUAUUCAUCGGAACCUCUUUCCUCUUGGCGGGCUUUGUGUCCCUGUUUCGCAUUCGGACCAUCAUGAAGCAUGACGGAACCAAGACAGAGAAGCUGGAGAAGCUAAUGGUGCGGAUAGGGAUCUUCAGUGUGCUGUACACUGUGCCAGCCACUAUUGUCAUCGCCUGCUACUUCUAUGAGCAGGCCUUCAGAGAGCAGUGGGAGAGGACGUGGAUCAGUCAGACAUGUAAGACAUAUGCCGUACCAUGUCCUGUCCAGAACCACCCCAACAUGAGCCCUGACUUCACUGUCUUCAUGAUAAAAUAUCUCAUGACACUCAUUGUGGGCAUCACCUCUGGAUUCUGGAUCUGGUCUGGAAAAACCCUGAACUCCUGGAGGAGGUUUUACACAAGACUGGCCAACAGUAAACAGGGUGAGACUACAGUGUAAUGUGGUUGCACCUUGGCCCUCACAUGGACUGCUUCAUGACAAACUGAAUGAUAAUAUUUUUUCCCAUUUGAUUUCUCAGUGACUUACAAGACACAGUUGAUUUUUUUUAAUGUACAUAUACAUUUGUGAGAUUUUUGUAAGUAUAUAUUUGUAUUUAAAGAUUUUUUUUAAUCUUACUUUAAAAACAUACUUUUUCAUAACUUUUUCCAUGACAUAGUGGAAUUGUACUUAAUCAUCACAAAGAGCCAAGCUGGCUACCGAGGACCCCGAGGUCUCGUGACCUGACUCACUGUGGACACUGCCAGGAGUAUUUCAUAUGGAGUGUCUGUCUUUGAUCAGUGAACUGCCUGUGAGCAGUAGGCCUAUUCCAACCAGUCCCGUGAAACCCAAGUGCUUCCUCAUGGCUCCCUCCUACCCCGAUUAACAAGCUGUAGUUUGUGUUGGUUGUACAGCUGAGUAGUAGUUGCCUGGGUUUGGAGGGAAAGCGUCAGCAUUUUGGAACAACCUGUGCACCUUGCACCUUGCACAGGUUGUGAUUGUGAGUCACUGUGACAGAUGGUUUUGGGCUGUAGCUUAGGCCCUGACAGUAAAAAGAUACUUUUCAAAUAAAGUUCAGAAAAUCAUGAUAGUUUAAAGAACCAUAUCAGUGUUUUUGCAUGUUUUAAUCCAUAGUCUUUUGCUUCUCCUGAUUUGCUCAAAGUUUUGUUUUUUUUCACUACAGUAAGAAAAACAGCCAUAGCCUCCAUAAUGGCUGAGCUUUAUUUUGUUUAAGUUGUUAUUGUUGCAUUGUAAUGCAGCUAUAAGAGCAAAUAAAUGGAAAAGGCGUUAUGCACUAUGAGACAAUAACACAACUUUGAUUAAAAUAAACAACUUUACAGCUGUGUUAACUGAGAAGUAGAUUUCUUUACUGUAGUGAAAAGAACUGAAACCAGGAGCUAAGUGGUAGCAGCAAAAGCACUAUAACACAUUUUGGUUUGGCAUUAAAAAUGAUUAACUGUAAUGUAAGUAAUAUGUGCUACAAGGUUCCAUUGUAAAACAUGCAAAACCACCGGUAUGCUCCUCGUCAAAACAGAGUUAGAAUGGUCUGUAUUUGUAUUUAAUGAACUUUAAAAAUGUGCCUGCAUUGAUGGUUUUGGUUGUUAAAAUACAAAGCUGCAAAAGAUACAACACAAGUAGGAGAGCCCUUUGUGUUAACAGCAUGUUUUAAAAUUAUACCAUGUUUCUGUAUGAAGUGCUGUGUAAAAUCACACCCUUUGAGCAUUUACAGUACGUUUGCUUCACAGUCAUCUUCAAAUUUCAUAUUUUCUUAUAAUACACCAAGGUCAAGGGAAAAUCAGAUUUAUUUUCACGCAUUUAAUCAAACAAAAUGAAUGAACACUGUGCAGAAGUGGGUGUGCUCAUCGUAGCAUCAGAGUAAAACCGAAAUGAUUAGUCAAUUAGCUGUCGUGUCCUUUGGAAGACAUUUGAUUCAUAAUGACACUGAUAAUUGAUUAUUUACUUUCAGCUAUUUUUUAAGCAAAGAUUCCACAUAUCUACAGGCUCCAGCUUCUCAAAUGUGGUGAUCUGCUGCUUUGUUGCUCAUGUAUGACUUGAAUAUUUUGGGGGUUUUGUUUGCUGGUUGGCUAAAAAAACAUGACCUUGGCUUUUGAAUGGGCAUUGUUCCCUACAUGUUUGACAUUUUACAGAAAAACAAAUUCAUGAGCAAAUGAUCUACAGAAGAAUUCAUAAUGAAAUAGUUGUACCAAUCCUACAUCAGGUUAAUUGCACAAAUGAAAAAUAUCUGGUCAAGCAAUGAUCUAUCACACUGCACAGAUUUCAUGUUUAGGUUGAAACCGCAGGUUUUGAACAUUAUUCAGAAUCAUACUAAUUUUGACUUUUGUUGCCAGAAAAAGCUACAAAUUAAUCUCUAGCAUUAUUUUAAGGUGUAGCAUGGGUUCAUUCUCAGAAAUCACAAGCAUAUUGUGAAAUGUCAGGCUAAUUGACAGUUUUGGGGUCAAGGUAGGCCUGUUUUGAAAAGAAAAUGAUGACCACACUUCUCUGAGUUUACCUGGUGGUGCAUAAAAGGAUUGUGUUGUCAGACAUGGAACAGUAAAUGCAUCCCCAUGUGGUUUCUACUUUAUUCAGGUUAUCUAAUUAUAAAAUCCUGAUGGCACAAAGGAUAUAAUUUUGCAUAUGUAAAAUUAUAUUUUACAAUUAAUACUUUCAUAAAUGUCAUUACAAUCAAUUUGAUUUCUUAAGGGGUGUCCAAACUUUAACAAGGCCCUAUAAAUAUGGUUCUGUCUCAAGUUGAUAACAGGAGAGGUUGUUUGUUAUGCACAUGUCAUAAAUGUUUAUAACAAAACAUACUUUUUAUUCACUUUUUUAAACUAUAUGUUCUUUAUUUGAAGUUUGACUAUGCCAGCUUUUGUUGGGAGGAGACAUGGGUUGAUGUGCAGAGUAAUUUGAUUCUGGUGAACAUAGCUGCGUGUCUACACUGUGGAACUGAAGAGCAGCCAGCAGCUUGCAUGUCUUCCAUUGCAGGAGAAAGGAAGCCUUGUGCUGAAAUGCAGAGCGGUUGCUGUCACUGAAGCUCAGCUCACACACAUCAUGACUUGUGUUCUUGUCAAAUGCUCUUCCACUCGGCGCUUCCGUUCAUAAUAAUCCUUUUAUUGUGUUGACGGCUCUACAACAGUCAUGGAUUUGAAGUAAUUUCCUUUGCAUUUGUAUGAAGAGAACCUUUAUAUUUAUAGAAAAAUACGCACACACACACAACAUUGAUUGCUUUAUGAAAAUAAAAACA